AUGAAUGAACUGAAUUAUUCAAUGGUGACUGAGUUUGUAUUCUUGGGAAUUUUUAGAUCAUGGUCCAUGCAGCAUCUCCUUUUAGUUUUCUCCUCCAUCUUUUAUGUUGCCAUUGUGUUGGGAAACCUUCUCAUUGUACUCACAGUUACUUCUGACCCUCAACUACAGUCUCCUAUGUACUUUCUAUUGGCGAAUCUCUCCUGUAUUGACAUGUGUCUCUCUACUAUUGUAGUUCCCAAGAUGAUUUUUGACCUUUUCUAUGAACACAAAACCAUAUCAUUUCAAGGCUGUAUCACUCAGAUAUUCUUCAUUCAUUUCAUGGGAGGAAUUGAGAUGGUGUUACUCAUUUCCAUGGCCUUUGAUAGAUAUGUAGCUAUAUGUAAGCCUCUUCACUAUCUGACUAUUAUGAAACCAAGAACAUGCAUUUUUCUCCAAAUAUCUGCUUGUGCUAUUGGUCUCAUACACUCAUUGACCCAGUUGGCUUUUGUGAUAAAUUUGCCCUUUUGUGGCCCUAAUGAAAUUGACAGUUUUUAUUGUGACCUUCCUCGUUUCAUCAAAUUGGCUUGCAUAGACACUGAUAAGUUGGAGUUCAUUGUCACUGGCAACAGUGGUUUCAUCUCCAUUGGCACUGUAUUUCUCUUGUUCAUCUCCUAUAUUUACAUUUUGGUCACUGUUCAAAAACACUCCUCUGUUGGAUUAUCCAAGGCUCUCUCUACUCUGUCAGCUCACAUCAGUGUAGUAAUCCUCUUCUUUGGCCCAUGCAUUUUUAUCUAUGUGUGGCCAUUUCCUACAAUGCAAAUGGAUAAGUUUCUUGCUAUUGUUGAUUUUAUUAUUACCCCUAUCUUAAAUCCUUCCAUUUAUGCAUUCAGGAACAAAGACAUGAAAGUAGCAAUUAAGAGAUUGAGCAGCCAGUUAGUGAAUUUUAAGAAAAUUUCCUAA